AUGUUUGCCGUCCCCCAGCAAUUCGUCACCAUCUUUUGUUUAGCGCUUAAUGCGCUCAGCAGCAUCUCAAUUGUAAUUUGCAACAAGUGGCUAUUUCAGGAUUAUUACUUUGUGUAUAGCAUUACUCUCACGUUGAUCCAUUUUGUCAUGACGUUCCUUGGGCUAGUUCUGUGCCUGGGUGGGGGCAUGUUUAAAUUGAAGCGUGUGAGUAUCAUGAAGGUGUUACCAUUGAGCAUCAGUUUCUGCGGUUUUGUUGUUUUAACAAACAUGUCUUUGGUAUACAACUCGGUUGGGUUUUACCAACUCAUCAAAGUUUUAACGACACCGAUGCUUGUGGUGAUGGAGACCUUAAUUUACAAGAAGACUUUCUCCACGAAAAUAAAGUUAUCGCUUCUCCUGAUUUGCGUUGGCGUUACAAUUGCGACGGUAACUGAUAGCGAAUUGAACUUUGUGGGUACAGUAGUCGCCUUUUCUGCUCUUUUUGUGACGUGUCAGUACCAGAUAUGGGUUGGUACAAAACAAAAAGAGUUGGACUGUGACUCAUUUCAACUGCUUUUAUACCAGGCUCCGAUUUCCUCAGUAUUUCUGCUGCCUAUUGCAUACUUCACGGAAAUACAGGGAAUGAUUGAGCCUUGCAAUGAAGUCAUAAAGCUUAUUCUGUUGACUGGUGUCAUCGCAUUUCUGGUAAACAUCUCAAUAUUUCUUGUUAUUCGGAAGACGUCGCCAGUCACAUACAAUGUCUUGGGUCACUUUAAACUUUGCGUCAUUCUAAUACUUGGGACCAUUUUGUUUGGUGACUCUAUGGAUGCAAAGAGAAUUGUUGGAGUCGUCAUGACUCUGGCUGGUGUUUUUUGGUACACGCACCUCAAGACAGCCACAACCGCCAAUGCGGAGUUCGUUACCGUCGAUAAGGCUGUAAAGGAGGAGGAAGAUGGUUCAAAUGGUGUAUAA